CCCGCGCAGGCAGCUGUAACGACGAAGCCGAUUUCGGUCGAGGUAACCGCGGGCGGACUGAUCACCAGCGCCGGAAGGUGUAUGCUCAGUGCACAUGCGGCGAACGCCAUUCGAAAAGCGGCCGACGUCGCCGGCGGACUUGUCUGCACCGUGGCAGAUGUAGAUCUCCUUCGAGUCGUGAACUGGUCCGGAAUUGCGGAAGGAGCUCUAUCGGGUGACAUCGGAGCUAUGCUUAUCUACGCGGGUGACGAAUUUACAAACGCGUUGGCCCAGUUCAUAGACGAACGGCGUUCUUCCGCCCGAUUGCAGAGAGACUGCCGUCUCGACCGAGUCCUCUCGAUGCAGAUGUCAUCUGAGUCUGCUCAAGUAUACGAUGUAAGAGCGGUGCAUGAGAUGGUCUGUGCGGGGGACUCCUUGCAGCUCAAGGUCAUCCGGGGGGCGUCCAAGCUUUUCCUGACUCAAGCGCCUGGAUUUCUCUGCCCACGGUUCGCGCUUGUAGGGGGCUUGCCGCUCGAACCAGACAUGACGGGGGGCGGUGUGACAAACUGCAUGCCGAAAGGCGCCAAGAUGACGAUUGCGGGUCCUGGAUGGCAUACUCCGGGCGAAUUAUACCUUUGCGCGUGGGGGGUCUGGAACUACGUCGCGCUGGUUUCAGCACUGAUUCUUACUCGCGAUGAUUCCGGGUCGAACUUCAUUCUUUUGACACUCAUCACUGAGUUCGUGGGCUCGGUCAUCGUGUGGUGGAUCCCGCACCGCUGGUCCGCAGGCGCUCUGUCGUUCCUUGCCAGGGCCGACCCUGUUCACUCGCUAUUGACCGCACAACCGUCGGCCGGGUUCACGGCGAGAGUGGUUAUGGUUGUCGAAGCGUUGGGCGGCGUUGCCGGGGUAGUGGGGCUCUUCAGCGUAUUCACCACGCUCGCCGCAUACAUUCUGGCGGCGACGCCGACCGUGGUUAUUUUGGUAGGGCUUCUGUCUCCAAGCAGCUGGUGGGCACGGUUUGUCCUGGUGUGUUUUGCUGGUCACAUGUUUGAGUUCGCAUUCGAAGCCGCGUACGCGUUCAGCUCGGACGACCUACGGGUGACGGUUCUGCUAGGGAGCGCCGCCAUUGCGGAGACACUGACCUCCCUUCUCGUCUUGUACGAGCUUUCGAAAGCCGCCUGGGCCACCUUUAUGUUCGCCAGUGGCAACCCUGCAAGAUGCAAGGCUCCAAGAUUUCUCGUCAACGGAGCGUUGGCUUCGCUUGGUGUACUGGACGGGACGGCCGCCACCUUGAUGCAAACAACGGCUCCAGGUGGGGGAGCAGCGAGAGCCUUCCUGGUCAAAAGAGGAUGUGCGGCAGUCGAUUUCCUCCCCUCCCAUGUCGAUUGCCUAAGUGGUCCGGAUGUGUCGUGUGACGGAUGGCUGUUGCUUGAUGAGCCCCAUCCAGCUUCGUGCAGUGGUCAGAUCGAUCAGAUGGAGGGACACCCUGUCGGCACGUGGGCAACCGGCCUGGCCGUCUAUGGUGGAGGAGUGCUGCCGGUUCUUAACUCUUCUUAUCGGCACGAUGACGACGCUGACGAGGUCUGACAGGCCUUCCUACAAAUGGAGCAUAUUCGGUAGAAAUACUAUGUGCCAGUAACGAUAGUGGGCGUCGCGUCGCCGUGGUGAAUAGAGGGCCUGAACCCGUCGGGCGAGAACUACCAGUACCGGAGUGAGCGCUCUGGCAGUGGUUGGAAGAGGGUCUCCACGUACGGAAACCGAGCGAGCGUGGAGCGGAGAUGGAGAAUCGUCUCCCGCUGACCACCUCUGUUCUGUUUUCACGUGAAAUAUCUAUGUAUCGGCAGAGAGACAGACAGGGGGGGAUGCAUCGCGAGUGAUAGGCUCGUGUAUGUGCCAUCCACCUUUGUGACUACAAGGCAGUGUUUCGCGAAAGACCCUCGGUCGGACAUUUCUCACCUCCACUGUAGCAGACCUGAGUACAAAUUAAUCCGUCAGCUUGUUCAUCAGCUAGCGCGUACCUGUGGGUCGUGUUUCGUUCCAAGCUUGAGUUUUGUACGCAAACCAGUCGAAGGUGUAGGUACGGGAAGAAACGGUGCACCAACGCCGCCACUUUUCCUGUAUAUUCGACUCGGAGUGUGGGCUCGGGCUCUGUUGGCGAGUAUUAAAUUUCAGUGAGUGAGUAAACGUUUACGUCCCGAGUGUUUCUCCCCGAAACAAUCAGCUGGAUGGCUCGCCCCCUGCAGUGGUCGCCUCCACUUGAUCGCUCUCCCAACCUUCCUUGAUCGACGUCAGUUGCUUUCGGCGGCUUUUUUGUUGUACAAGGGGUGUUUGGGUUUCAAAUGCGUGUUUGGGUUUAAUAAAAAAGCCUUUUCGUGUUGGUUCGGUGCGAUGUUCUCUAAGUCUGUCUUCGGGCUCUACCACAGCCCUUGCGCUUUCCUCGGGGCCUUUCGUCAGGGGCGACAAUCUGUUCGGACGGACGGGAUCAUCAAGAGAAGA